UUCGCAAUUUCUAACUUGGUCCCUUUCAGGCCGUCCUCCAGGGCCCAGUGGAGUUUCAGGCACUGCAAGAUAUGACAACACCGCCACUGCCCGCUACGCUUUCUCGACGAAUCUGACGCCCCAGCCUUACCGUUGUGGAGUGGUCCCUAGUGCGCUCCCGGGCUAAUCCUGUACACCCCGGACUAGCAGCCUUACCAUACCCUAAUCCCUAGAGUUUGGGUCUGUGCCUUAAGACUGGUCAUUCUCACCCAUCUGUUGCACUUCCCGCUUAAGACGCACUGGCCUACUCUCUGCAUGAUAUACAACCCGCGUUGGCUUCGACUUGCGGCCAUUUGACGACCACCAGAUACCCCUUCCUGUUAUAUCACCGCCAUUCUGGGAACCACUCCUGAACACUACCACACCUGGCGUCACCCACGAUGACUUUCUUUUCGUCCGAAGCAGAACUAGCCCUCAUGGCGCCGGUUGACGGCAUGGGUCACCUCUACCCCUCUAGCACAUGCCAAUCACCCCCCAGCAUCAUGUAUUCACCACCACUACACCACAUGGCCCAUCGACCCCAAACGACCAUGUCUGCACACGCAGGAAUGUACACUCCACCCCAAGAUUACAGACCGGUCAUGGAGUCCCCAUACCCACCUCACGCACUCUGGUCGACACAACCCUCAUCAAUACCGCUACCUCAAGUAACGUCGUAUUCCUACCCAUCUUUCUCCGAGAUGGCAUCUCCCCCGAUGCUUGCGCAUGACUCAACGCUGCUCUCACAAUCUUUCGGUGCGUCUCGACCGUCAAGAUCGCACUCCACAUCGUCAUCCGCAGGUCAUGGCAUGCCGUCCAACGUCCCAUCUGAAAGAUCACCACCUGCCCUAUCGCGGUCGCUCUCACCUUCUUCGCCGGAUCUUCGAUCCUAUGGUAUUCCGAACAAGAACGGUACAUGGAGUUGUGCCUUCCCAGGAUGUACUUCAAGAGCAGUUUUCACUCGGGGCUGCGAUCUAAGGAAGCACUACAAAAGGCAUACAAAGUCCUUCUUUUGCCGUCAUGGCGACUGCCCACAGUCUACAGGAGGAGGCUUUUCGAGUAAAAAGGAUCUUGCAAGACAUGAGGCCAAGCACAACCCGGGUGUAUUGUGUGACUGGGACGGAUGCGACAGGGUCUUCAGUCGCGUGGACAAUAUGAGAGAUCAUGUCAAGCGGAUUCACCUUAAAGCGUCUAGGAAAUCUUCAACAACGUCCUCCUAGUUAUCGCGCUCCUGAUACAACUACCAACUGUCAUGCCUCACAAAACCAUUGUUUCAGCGCCUACGUCGUCUAUAACUCUUACUCUGGUUCGAGUCAUCGCCGUAACCCUUCGCUAGGAGCGUCUACGGCGAAAAAACUGGAGAUUUACUCGCCAAGAAAAGGUCACAGACUGAUAGGACCACAAACUUUUCACUUUCGUUCAUGAUACCCUUAUUUUGCAUUUACAUUCCCAUUCAUCUAUCACUGCAGCAUUAUCUGCGUCGUCGCAUUGCUAUGGCGUUUUUUAAACUAGAGAAGUCUGAGCAGAGUCAACUGGUUCAUCCAAGGAGGAUACAGCACGGUUAGAACGCUUGUUGGGAAUUGGUGUGCAUAGAUGCAGAUGGCGCCGCUGUUGCCUA